UCAAUCAACUACCAUAAUUUAACAAAAUUCAUAUAAAAAGAAACCCACCCAUCACCAAAAAAGAAGAGAUUUGGGUCCAAAUAUUAAGCGCUUCCAAUAAUAUUUACUUCAACCCGAUGGCCAUUUUCAAAGAUAUAGUUUUCUUCCUAUCAUUUGCUUCAUCCAUUGCUGCAGUCCUCUCUAACUCAGAAGGGGAUGCUCUGAGUGCAUGGAAAGCUCAGUUGGUUGAUCCAAACAAUGUCCUUCAAAGUUGGGACACCACUCUUGUAAAUCCAUGCACUUGGUUCCACAUCACGUGUGACGCCGAUAGCUCCGUCGUCAGAGUGGAUCUUGGCAAUGCUAAUCUCUCCGGCCGCCUUGUUCCCCAACUCGCAAACCUGCCAAAUCUUCAGUAUUUGAUGGUAUAUGACAAUAAUUUGAGUGGUUCAAUUCCAAGGGAGAUUGGGAUGUUAACAAAUCUGAAGAGUUUGUUUCUGUACAAUAACAAUUUCUCUGGGCCUUUACCACCUUCCUUAGGAAAUUUGAGCUCUUUGUUAUUUUUUGAAGCACAAGGCAACAGUUUUAGUGGAAUGAUUCCUGCAUCUUUUGGGGCAUUGACAUCUUUGAAGACUUUGAGAUUAGACAAUAACAAGCUUAGUGGCAUCAUCCCUUUCACUCUUCUGCAACUGGUUGAGUUAUCCAAUCUUCGGCUUCUGAAUGUUUCGCUAAACUCGUUUACCGGGACGGUUCGUCCGACAAAUUCAUCAGAGUUGGCAGUGACUACAAUAAUACAAGACCCAAAAGCUCAAAUUUAAAGUUGAAGGAAGAUGAAGAAAUGGCAGAACCUUGAGAUAUAAAAUGUGGGAUUUCUGUUUGAAUCUCAAAAACUUUCUUCAUGGAUUUUAUGUAAUAAAUAAUAAUAAUAAUGUCUCGAGGUACAGAUGUACUUUGGUUGUC